AUGUCUGCUACCAUAACCGGGUCAAGGAAGCGGGCAUCCGAAUCCGAACACACGAAAACCGAUAAGAACAACCGAUCAGCAAAAGAUAAUUUCGAUAUCGAUUUGGAUUUCGAUCUCUCAGAUGACAUCAAAGGAAUCGUGUCGGCGCUGCACCUGAUCAGAGACAAGGCUCAGAAGGAUGGUCAGAAGAAGAACGAAGAGACAAUUUCCAGUGUGGGUUUUGAGAUUAAGUCUAUGAUCGAGGGAUUGAGGUCAAAAAUUGAGAAGGACAGGCAAAGCAUUGCUAAAGCGCUUUCAAAGAGUUCCAAAGAGUACGAAAGUUCCUUGAAGAACGAAACUACUAAGUUUCAAGCACUUCACGAAAAUUUUUGCAAAGAGAAAGCCAAUUCUCUGCAGGCACUGAAAGAUGUUAUCUCCAAAUUCGAAGAGGAAAAGGAAAAGUUAUUUGUGCGAUAUGAACAACUGAGGAAGAAGGAAAGAGUUCUGAUAUCUGAACAAGAAAAGGCCUGCAAUGAUAAAAUUGCCCAACUGGAAGAGUCAUUGAAAAAGAAGAAACAGGACGACAAAACUUUCAGCAUUCUUAGGAAAACUCUUGGUUCUUUCUUGGAAAGUACCUCGGACGAGGAUUUCCCACCUGAUGAUUGA